UUGAAAUGGAUUUGUAGUGUCACUAUAAACUUUGUUACUCGAGACGGGGAAAAGACGAGUGUUCGUGCGAAUAUCGGCGAUAGUAUUAUGGAUAUAACGCAAGCAAAUAACAUUGAUCUGGAGUGUGCAUGUGAAGGAUCUCUUGCUUGUUCAACAUGUCACGUUGUAGUGGACCCAGCGUAUUAUGACAAAUUAGAUGAGCCUACCGAUGAGGAAAACGACAUGUUAGACUUGGCCUUUGGCUUAACAGAGACGUUAGUUUUUAAAGACGAUCUGUACACUUUUGACAAGACUGAAGAUGCCUCAGUGAACACAUACAAGGAA